AUGCCACGCCGCUGGUGGAUCACACACCAAGUGGCUCCGCUGGUAUGCCUCAUGCUUGUGUUCCUCUCAUCGGCGAGGCCUGGCCGCGUGGCAAGCCCCGGGGUUGGUGGUUCGAUGGAGGUCGCUCCAGAACGGCGGAAACGGCGGAAACGAUGGACGCCCCAAACUCCCGACGAGCGCUUGAUGUGGGCUUUGGGCUGCGAGCUUUGGCUCGCCGGCCGCGACGUGGCCUUGGCCUCACGCAGCGUCCUCCGCGGCGAAAUCGGCGCCACCGCGGCGCCCGCGGCGCCCGCCCCGCGCGGCGGCACGAGGUCUCACCUGCCGACAGUCCUGCAGGAAGGAGGCAGCGCCUUGCAGGAGGCUGGUGCAGCCUUUCUGGACGCACGCUGGAGCUCUGCCAUGGUGCAGCUGGAACGAGUAGCCCAGACCAGCCAGGAGUAUUGGCCCAGCAGAGGCUUCGACGACCUCAUUGCCUUGGUCUUCGCCACGUCGUUGCGGCGCGGAUCCGUCAGCCCAGCGCGGUCGCCAGCGGACUCCUUAGAACAUCUGGCACAAGGCUUGGAUGCGUGGGCCUCUGGUGGCCGUUGGGUUGUGAUGGCGGUAACCGGCGAACGGUGA